AUGCAUUUCUUCACAAUCCUCGCAACCCUCUCCGCAACGGCCAUCGCCUUCCCAACAUGGGGUCCCUUUGUCAAUGGCACCAAAAAUGGUGAAGCAGACAUCCACAAGACCACGGUCGGCGACAAUAAUGUCGACAAGUCACGUAACAGCGCCACAGUGUCCUACGAUGAUCACUCUCCCUCUACCGAUAUCAAAGAUAGCUACAAUGAAGAUAACAGCAAGAGGCCAAGCUUGGGCAGCGUCUUGGAGAAGGCCAAUGUGACUGUUGGUCCUCUUACUGGCGACUCCCCGCUCCUGGCGGGUCCGCUACUUUCACUCCCGUCACCGCUCCUAUGA